UUAGAGGCGUGCGUGUCAUUUAGGUGCUCCCUGCUGCUGUUCAUGGUGGGGAUUUACUGCUUGGCAGGUCGUCUGCAGGUGGGUCUGGGCGCUGAAGGUCUCUUCACACUCCUGGUCGAAGAUUUUGGGGUCAAGGGAGUGCAGGUUGAAGAGAUUUAUGAUCUGCAGAGCAAAUGCCAAGGCCCUGUGUAUGGGUUCAUCUUCCUGUUCAAGUGGAUUGAGGAGCGCAGAUCACGUCGGAAGGUCUCUACCCUGGUAGAUGAGACGUCGGUGAUCGACGAUGACAUCGUUAAUAACAUGUUCUUUGCUCACCAGCUGAUCCCAAAUUCCUGCGCCACCCAUGCCCUGCUGAGCGUCCUCCUGAACUGCAACAAUGUCGACCUGGGCCCCACGCUGAGCCGCAUGAAGGAUUUCACCAAAGGAUUCAGCCCUGAGAGUAAAGGCUAUGCCAUUGGCAACGCCCCAGAGCUGGCCAAGGCCCACAACAGCCAUGCCAGGCCAGAGCCACGGCACCUGCCGGAAAAGCAGAAUGGUAUCAGUGCUGUGCGAACCAUGGAGGCUUUUCACUUUGUCAGUUAUGUCCCCAUCAAGGGACGCCUGUUUGAGCUUGACGGGCUCAAGGUCUAUCCCAUUGACCACGGGCCGUGGGCUGAUGAUGAGGAAUGGACAGACAAAGCCAGGAGAGUGAUCAUGGAGCGCAUUGGCCUGGCCACUGCAGGGGCCCCGUACCACGACAUCCGCUUCAACCUGAUGGCGGUGGUGCCUGAUCGGAGGAUGAAGUACGAGUCCAAACUGCACAUCUUGAAGAUGAACCGCCAGACUGUGCUGGAGGCCUUGCAGCAGCUUAUCCGAGUUACUCAGCCUGAGCUGAUCCAGACCCAGAAGUCCCAGGACUCUCAGGCUCCAGAAGAGGCAAAGCCAGCCAGCAGCAAGACUCCAGAGAGCACCCGUCCAGGUAGACCCCAUACCAACGGCACCGACGAGCCUGCCAGCCAGGGCCACCCUGCGGCCACCCAGAGCCCACCCAACAAAUCCAAACCAGUGGCAAAGACAUCAGCGAGCAGUAUCAAUGGGGCGCCUCCAGCAAACCCCAACCCCAUCGUGCAGAGGUUGCCAGCCUUCUUGGAUAAUCACAACUACGCCAAAUCCCCAAUGCAGGAGGAAGAAGACCUUGCGGCAGGAGUGGGUCGCAGCCGGGUCCCAGUCCGACAGCACCAGCAGUACUCGGACGAUGAGGAUGACUAUGAUGAUGAUGAGGAGGAGGAAGUUCGUAACACCAACUCGGCCAUCAGGUACAAAAGAAAAGGGCAGGUAAAGCAAGAGCAUGUGACGGGGGCUGCGGAUGGCCAGCUCUCUGUCCUCCAGCCCAACACCAUCAACGUCCUGGCUGAGAAGCUGAAGGAAUCUCAGAAGGAUCUCUCCAUUCCCCUGUCCAUCAAGACCAGCGGCGGAGGCGCUGCCGUGGCGGUGGUCACCCACUCCCAGCCCUCUCCUACCCCCAGCAAUGAAAGCACGGACACCGCCUCCGAGAUUGGCAGCGCCUUCAACUCCCCACUGCGCUCUCCCAUCCGCUCAGCCAACCCCACCCGCCCCUCCAGCCCCGUCACCUCCCACAUCUCCAAGGUGCUCUUUGGCGAGGAGGACGGGCUGCUGCGCGUCGACUGCAUGCGCUACAACCGGGCCGUCAGGGGCCUGGCAGAUGGGGGGAAAAGCUCCCCCCCUUCCAUCAAACCCGGUGAAGAGGCCCCGGUUGCAAUCAAACUGGACGAGAAGGAGGGCAGUGAGGCCAGUGACAGCAAAGAGAAGGAGCUACUGGCGCUACUCAAGUGCGUGGAGGCUGAGAUUGCGAACUACGAGGCCUGCCUGAAGGAAGAGGUGGAGAAGAGGAAGAAAUUCAAGAUUGAUGACCAGAGGAGAACCCACAACUACGACGAGUUCAUCUGUACCUUCAUCUCCAUGCUGGCCCAGGAAGGCAUGCUGGCGAGCCUCGUGGAGCAGAACAUCUCUGUCCGCAGGCGGCAGGGAGUCAGCAUUGGCCGCCUGCACAAGCAGAGGAAGCCGGACCGCCGGAAACGCUCCCGCCCAUAUAAAGCCAAGCGGCAGUAGCCUGGGAGUCAAGACUGUGAGAAGCAGCAGCUGGGUUUUGUGGCUUUGGCUAGUGGGCGUGGAUCUAUGUUACCCUUUGCCCAAGGAAGAGGGACCACAGCGACAAGCCCUCGGCCAAGGAGGAGCUUGGGGACAGAGAAAACAGUUUUCGUCUGAGCC